UGAGGCUGCGCAGAGCAGCGAGGUCCACCGCCUGCUCUCUGUGUGUGUCUCCACUGUUGUUGAACGCGGACGGUAACGAGCAGAGAUCUACAGUGUUUUAAUGGUACACAGAAUAAACAUCUGCAGUUAAAUCAGCCACAGAGGCAGAACAGGAGGAGGAGGAGGAGGAGGAAGGCGAGAGGCAGAGCUGCAGAGGAGAAGGAGAGACACAGAGGAGAAGAGGAGGAGGACCAGGAGAGAAAAAAUCGGGACAGUAUAAUGCCGCAGAUUUGACUGAAAGAUGUCCAACGUUAACAUGGAAGCGACGACCAUCCUCCCCAUCCUCAAGAAGAAGUUGGCCUUUCUGUCAGGGGGCAAAGAUCGGCGCAGUGGUCUGAUCCUGACCAUCCCUCUCAGUUCAGACCAGACCAGCAUGGAGGAGCUCAGUGCCACACUGGACUACCUGCUUAGCAUCCCCAGUGAGAAGUGUAAGGCUCGGGGCUUCACAGUUAUCGUGGACGGACGCAAGUCUCAGUGGAACAUCGUGAAGACCGUGGUGCUCAUGCUGCAGAAUGUGAUUCCAGCCGAGGUGUCGCUGGUCUGUGUGGUCAAACCAGAUGAGUUCUGGGAUAAGAAGGUGACACACUUCUGCUUCUGGAAGGAGAAGGACCGCCUGGGCUUCGAGGUGAUCCUGGUUUCGGCCAAUAAGCUGACUCGUUACAUCGAACCCUGUCAGCUGACGGACGAUUUUGGUGGAAGUCUGGACUACGACCACAGCGACUGGCUUAACAAGAGACUGGUUUUUGAGAAGUUCACCAAGGAGUCGACGUCACUGCUGGACGAGCUGUCGAUUAUCAAUGAAAGUGACAAGGGCAGCUCUGUGGACAAGGACAAAUCAGCUGACUGUGCCCUCCUGCCAUCCUUUGACCCUGAGACGGUCCUUCAGACAGGUCAUGAGCUGCUGUCGGAGCUGCAGCAGCGUCGUUUUAACGGCUCGGAGGGAGGAGGAGGAGGAGGACAGGGAGGUCCAGCCUGGUGUCCCAUGGAGGAGGAGCUGCUGGCUCAGCCUCAGGUGAUGAAGCUGCUGGACUCGCUCCGGGAGCAGUACACCAGAUACCAGGAGCUCUGCAGGCAGCGGAACAAACGCACCCAGCUAGACGAGAUUCAUGCCAAAGUCAUGCAGGUGGUCACCUGGCUGCAGGGGCCAGGUUCAGAGCUGUUGAAGACCCAGCAGGAGAUCGGAGACUCGAUUCGAGCAGCUCAGGCCUUGCAGCAGAAACACGAGGAGAUCGAGAGCCAGCACAGUGAGUGGUUUGCAGUGUACGUGGAGUUGAACCAGCAGAUCGCUGCCUUGCUCAGUGCCGGGGAGGAGGAGGAAGUGGUGGAGCUGAAGGCGCUGCAGCAGCAGCUGAGUGACGUGUGCUACAGACAGGCGUCUCAGCUGGAGGGCCGACAGAACGUUCUGCAGGCAGCGCAGAGCUUCCACAGCACCACGCAAGAGUUGUCCCAGCAGUUGGAUGGUCUACUGGGCAUGCUCUGUGCUGACGUGGCUCCAGCUGACGGAGCUUCAAUUCAGCAGAACCUCAAACUCUUGGAGGAGAAGCUGCAGACUGUUGAGGCAGGCCUAGCGUCUCUGCGCCAGAAGGGGGGAAUGUUGCUGGAGCAGAUGUGCAACCAGCCGUCCUGGUCUCCGGAGGAAACUGAGAUUCCAGCUGGAGAGCAGCAGGACAACAUUCAGCACAUCCAGGCUGUGAUGGAGGAGAUGCAGCUCCGCAAGCAGAGGUGUGAGGACAUGGUCGACGUGAGGAGGCUGAAGAUGCUACAGAUGGUCCAACUGUUCAAAUGUGAAGAAGACGCUCUACAGGCAGUAGAAUGGCUCGGCGAGCUGUUGGACGCCCUGUUGAAGACUCACGUCAGACUGGGCGACGACACCCAGGAGACCAGGACCAUGUUGGACAAACACAGGAAGUUUGUGGAUGUUGCUCAGAGCACCUAUGAUUACGGCCGUCAGCUGCUGCAGGCGACCGUCGUCCUUUGUCAGUCCCUGCGCUGUACAACGCGCUCGUCUGGAGACACUCUGCCCCGACUCAACCGGGUCUGGAAACAGUUCACCGUUAGCACCGAGGAGCGACAACAGAGACUGGAGCUGGCUCUGAGCUUCCACAGCGCCGCCGAAAAGGUGUUACAACAGGAAUGUGUGGACAUGGAGUCUUUGGAUGACGUUGACUCCACAGGAAAGGUUCUGCUGGACAGACUGACCAUGCCUGUUAUCUUCCCUGAUGGGAGUGAGCAGUACUUCGGGAGCCCUAGUGAAACAGCGGCAGCGGCGGAGGGUGUCAGAGAGCGCCUGCUGCUGGUGGAGGAGCGUCGGCUACAGCUGCAGGAGGCAAGACUUGAUAAUGAGGAGGAGGACGAGGAGGAGGGGAGGGUGCUAAAUGGGCAGGAUGGACGGCUAGACGUGAUUGGAGAGGAACUGAGCGAGAAAGAGGAGCAGGAGGAGGAAGAGGAGGAGGAGGUGACGGAGGAGGAGGCAGAGGAGGCAAGGCAACAGGAUGAAGACUUAGAGAGGGGUACGCAGGACUGCUAAUGGAUCGCUGACGACGUUAAACCAAGCAGCCUUAAUGAAGCUCGUCAAUGAAGGGCUGCUGAUUAAUUUCUGCUGAAACCUCUGCUUUGUUCUCCCCGAGCCAGGAAACCCAUCGAUUGGUUGCUUCUAUCCCUCUGCAGCAGUAGCUUAAUCUUACUGAUGGCUAUUCUUUAUAUGAAGACUACAUUUCCCAUCAGCCUUACUGCUACUAAAGCAGACGCUGUGACAGCUUAACCACCGUCUGCUCCUGAAGAGAAGCGCCCUCCAACUGUUGCCGUUGAGUGAUUCAGCAGAUACACGUGGCCCACUGGAUCAAUGUAACAUACUGGAAAUAUUUACUGGAAUUAUUCAUAUUCACGUCUGUGGAUGCUCCUAUGAUGACCAUCAACUGUAAAAUAAUCAGAUGGAUAAGAAUCUACGCCUAACACCUCAGUGUUCCCAGCAUGCCACUCGUUCACCUAAGUGGGCAGAGCUGGUGCUAACAUGGUUACCAUGGUUUGUGUGUUUGUGUAUGUGUGUAUGUGUGUGUGCCUCCUGACUUCCCAUGAGAUUUUGCUUUUUUGGUCAUGUUAUUUCAACUCCUCCGGAGUCCUCGGCAGCUCUCACACACUCAGUGCUUUGUUUGUCCUGCUUUUUACAAAGAGGUUGUGAAAGAAGAAGUCUGGGGCGCACCAAUGCAGUUUGCUGGUGGCAAAUGUAGCCGAAAAAAAAAUCACAGUGCAAAACAUGUAAUAUGACAUUGAGAGCACAAAUUGAAGGUCCAUUGUGUAGGUUGCAGAUUGCAAUCAACUGAAGACCUCCAACUAACGUGAAAAAACAAAAAUUGCCCUCUCUAGAGCCAUUGUUGGGUUUGUCCACUCUGGGAUGCUGUAGAUUCAACAUAGUUCAACAUGGCGGACUCCGUAGAAGAGGCCCUGCUCCCACUGUUGAUAUAAAGGCUUAUUUUAAAGUUUUCCAGGUAAAUUUACAGUAUCAAAAACACAAGUAUGGAUAUUAUCUAUCCCCUAAAUGUUACACACUGGAACUUAAUGCAACAUGACAGCAUGAAUGAUCAGAUUCUUGACUGGUUUUUGGUGGGUGCGGAGACUUGAAGUCAAUACAGUUGUAACAUAAAUGCAUCCAUGAUGCUGACAUCUUCCAGCGCCACAGAGGCUCCAACCACUUCGCUGCUCUAAAGAAACCCCUCUGCCUUCGUGAUAGAAAUCAAACCUGCGCCGCUUGCUCUGAUCCAAACUAACCACGGGGACUGAGGAGACCUCUGACAGCAUUCCAGUGUGCAGACUGGGCGCACUAAGACUGAUGAUCGCAUUCUGACACGGGAACAUGAGAACGGGACAGAUUCCUUUUCUAUUUAUUCCACCUUUUUUAGCAAACCUUGAUGAUGGUUGGUGUUUUUGACCAAUAACUGCUGCUGUAAGUAAAACCGCUAAUUGCUGCGCCUUGCCCUCUGUCCUCUUCAUCUGAUGACAUACAUUGUGCAAUGACAUCAGUAUGACAUCAUCCUCUAAAUAAAGAAGCAUUUUGAAGUUGC